AUUAUAUUUUGUUAAUUUUCUUUUGUUUUUGCUUACGAAAUACUUUGAGCUAAGCACAUCGUAUCACAAAUUCAAGCUAUGAUUUAUACAGUCUAGGGAAGGACACACUCGGCUCGAAGUAAACAACACAGCUGUUUUGCGAACUUCUGCGAUUCAGUUUGAUAAGAGAAAAACACCAGCGGGCUAAGCAACAUAAAAACAAUGUUAAAAAACGCCGGCACUCGAUUGCUACGCAGCUUUCAAGCGAAAUGCAGUACACAGCCACUGUCCGUGAGGGGCAUUAAUCUAAUACCCAUGGUUGUGGAGCAGACGGGACGUGGCGAACGCGCCUACGAUAUAUUCUCUCGUCUGCUCAAGGAGCGCAUCAUUUGUCUGAUGGGCAACAUCACCGAUGAUAUCAGUUCGACGGUCGUUGCCCAGCUACUGUUCCUUCAAUCGGAGAACGUCAACAAGCCUAUCCACUUGUAUAUCAAUUCGCCGGGGGGCGUGGUAACAGCAGGUCUGGCCAUCUACGAUACGAUGCAGUAUGUGAAGCCACCGAUAGCCACGUGGUGUGUGGGACAAGCAUGUUCGAUGGGUUCGCUGCUGCUGGCAGCCGGUGCACCCGGCAUGCGUUACUCCUUGCCAAAUGCACGCAUCAUGAUCCACCAGCCAUCGGGUGGCGCUCAGGGUCAAGCCACAGACAUUCUUAUACAUGCGGAGGAAAUCAUCAAGAUAAAGCGCCAACUGACUAACAUUUAUGUGAAGCAUGCCCAAUAUGAUUACGCGGAAAUGAGCUCACGCAUGGAACGUGACCAUUUCAUGACCCCUGAGGAGGCCAAAGUCCUAGGCAUAAUUGAUCAUGUGCUUGAGCAUCCGCCAGAGACAGUUUCAGACAGCGGUCCCGCAUCCGAUCCACCAUCAGGUAAGAUCAUCACGCCUGACACGGACACCGGAAAGAAGCGAUCCAAACAGACAGCCCAAAAUUGAGUACGAUGGCAUCGAGAACAAAAUACAAACAAACCAAACAUUUGGCAUUAUUCAAAUUGUAAAAUGUAAAAUAGUAGAAAUAGUAGUACAGAUAAAUUAGCUCAACAAUUUUUCAAAUACAAAUUCAGUUUACAUGAAAAACUUUA